GAAUAACUGAAUGUUAUGUUUAUCGCAGUAACGUUUUCAGUGCGUUCAUUAUAGACAUGAGAAACUGAUGAAUAGGUAAAAUAAAUCACUUUCACUCACGGGAAGUACAAGAAACCACACCAAUAAAAACAGUUGACCGGACUUUGUUUUACCAUCAAGCCCGGUAGAUGUCGUAUCUGAACCAUGAACUUUCCAAAUGUCGAAACCUCCGGCACCGGCUCUGUGAAUGUAAUCAUUAAUUGUUAAAAGGAGGUUUUAGCCACUAUAUCUUAUGGUUAUAUUUUGUGGUUAAAUCAUUAAAUUUUAGCAAUCGAAAAAGCUUUGAAACAUGAAGGAGGAUAACAAGGAAUCGGCUAUAACUUCAAAAGAUUUUCCAUUCAUUUGUCGAAUUUGUUGUUCGAAGGGAAAUUAUUUGAGAUCUUUUCAAGAGGAAGAACAUUUGUUUGAUCUAUUCCAUACCAUCACGAAAAUUGAUGUCUGCUCAAAAGUCGAAUAUCCAAAAAACGUGUGCAAUGAAUGUGCCAAUAAACUAGAAGAUAUAUCAUCAUUGAUAAAUAUUUCGAAGUAUAAUGCUGCAAAGCUGAAGGAAAAUUGGAUUAAAAAAAAAGAAAUGAAUCAUCUAGAAAUGGAAGAAAAUUUAAAGGAGGACACCAAAGAAAAUUAUGAAGAGGACAUUCAUAAUCAGGCAUCUCUAGUUUGUCGACUUUGUCUGUCUGAAAAAUGCUUAACAUCGUUUGAAGAGAAGGAACUUUUGGUGAAGCUGCUUCAAGAUAUCACAGAAGAAGAUUUCUCGAUGCGGAGUAGCAUGUGUCAUAAAUGUGUUGGCAAGCUGGAGGACAUAUCAUCUUUCAUCAGUUCUUCACUGUAUAAUGACAGGAAACUUGGAAUUGCUCUUGGUACUGAAUUAACGAAAUUUGAAGAGCAAAACUCUUGUGAAGUAGUUUAUAAAAAUGAAAUUUUGACUGACGAUAUUUUCAUAAAAAAAGAUUGUUCUCUUGAGUGUGAUCUGAAGUCCGAGAUAAUUGACAUCAAGGACGAAAUAAUUGAGAGUUUUGUUGAAACUUCUGAUGAGCAAACCUACCAAAAUAAUCUGUCCAGCUGUGUUCAAAAAGACACUUUGGAAAAACAUUUGGGCAGUCACACCGGAGAAAGACCUUUCGAGUGUAACUUUUGUGGAAAACGUUUCACUCGAAAAUGUCAUUUAAAAGAACACAUCCUCUCUCAUACUAGAGAAAAGCUAUUCAAAUGCCAUUUAUGCAAAUAUGACUGUGUUCGAAAAAGAGAUUUGGAAAAGCAUAUACGCACUCACACUGGAGAAAAGCCAUUCGAAUGUGCAGUGUGUAAAAAACGAUUUUCUCAAAAUAACAUUUUGAAUCAACAUAUGUUCUCUCACUCUGGAGAAAGGCCUUACGAAUGUCAUUUGUGUAAAAAACGUUUCACUCGAAAUUGUCAUUUGAAGGAACAUAAUAUGAUCUGUCAUACUAGGGAUAAUAUAUUCAACUGUCACUUGUGCAAAUAUAGCUGUUUUCUAAAAAGCAAUUUGAAAAGGCAUUUGCGGUCCCACACUGGAGAAAAGCCUUUCGAAUGCCAUUUGUGUAAAAAACGUUUCACUCGAAAUUGUCAUUUAAAAGAACAUAUGCCCUAUCAUACUGGUGAAAACCUAUUGAACUGUCAUUUAUGCAAACACAGCUGUGUUCGAAAAGGCGAGUUGAAAAUUCAUUUGCGCACUCACACGGGAGAAAAACCUUUCGAAUGUAAUUUGUGUAAAAAACGUUUUACAGUAAAGAGAUAUUUGAAAGAACAUAUGUUUCAUCACACUGGAGAAAAGCCGUUCAAAUGUCAAUUGUGCCAAUAUAGCUCAGUUCAAAAAUCCACUUUGAAACUACAUUUGCGCAUUCACACAGGAGAAAAGCCAUUCCAAUGUAAUUUUUGUAGAAAAAGUUUUGCUCUGAAUUGCAAUUUUAAACGACAUUUAUCUACUCAUUCUAUAGAAAAGUGAUAUCAACGUUACUACUGUGGAAAGAAUUAUAAGCAAAAUGGUUGUUAGGGAAAACACUCGUGAAUGAAAAGCAUUAAGAUUAGGUUAUUUUAGGCUAUCUGAUCUUACAAUGGUACAUAUAGUUGCAUAUGCAGACGACACCAACCUUUUGAUUAAAGCAAAAAAUCCCAUAGUACUUCCAGAAUUAACUGAAGUGGUCUAUAAUAAAGUAAUUACAUGGGCUACUAAAAACCAUCUACCACUCAACAUCAACAAAACAGUGUUAAUGAAAUUCUCAUUAGGUAAUAGGAAUGACCCUCUUAGUAUAUUUAAAUAUAACGAUCUGGAGGUUACAUCUUGCCCAACAACAAAAAUACUUGGUCUCACUGUAGAUCACAGACUUACGUGGAAUCCACAUAUUGACCAACUCUGCGAUAAAUUGAAUAAAAAUUGCUACGCACUAAGAUUCAUGCGAAAUCACUGCAGCAAGGAAGUUCUGCUCAGCCUGUACUAUGCGACCAUCAAUUCUCAUAUAAGAUACGGAAUUCUAAAUUGGGGGAAGGGAUCUUCUGCACAAAGAGUUUUUAUACUCCAAAAAUAUGCUAUCCGAAUAAUUGAUGAUCUAGAAUGGCAACAGUCAUGUAGAGAUUCCUUCAAGAAAUUGAGAAUUCUCACUCUUGCUGGGUUGUAUAUAUAUGAAUCAUGUAUUUAUGUGUUCAAAAAUAUAUCUUCAUUUGAAGCGAAUCGAGAAAAUCAUGGCUACUCAACUCGAUCAAAAAAUUUUUUGGUAACUGCUGCACAUCGGACUGCACUUUUUCAGAAAAGUUAUCUAUACCUUGGCCCAAAAUUUUUCAAUAAGUUAGACGGCACAGUGAGAGAAUCUCCUAAUAUUUCGAUUUUUAAAGCACGAUUGAAAGCCUAUCUCAUCCAAAAAAACUGCUACACCAUCAAUGAAUUUUUUGCAAAUCAAUAAUUCUUCACUCUAGACGGGCAGCUAUUAGUAAACAAUUUACCCUCUCAUAUGUAUGUUGACUAUAAAUGUUAUAAAUUUGUAUUGUAAUAUAUUUAUUAUGUUUUACACCCCAUUUGUAUGUUAGACGGUAAAUGUUUUUAAAUUUGUAUUGUUUUAUAUUUAAUAUGUUUUACACUCCAUUUUUUUUUUAAUUUGUAUUGUAUUAUGUUUAUUGUGUUUUACACACUAUGGACGUCUUCCUUGUUACUGUGUACUAUUUUGUGAAAGAAAUUUUAUACUUUUUAACGAGAAAAGUUAAUAAAUAUUAUUAUUAUUAUUA